AUGUCAGUAUGCCCAGUGACCUACUUUGAAAUUCAAGCACGGUUGAUGACUUGGACCGACGAGCUUGAAUUCCUGGGCUACAUUCUUUGCGAGCUGAUCGAUGAAAAGAAUUUGAAUACAAAAGGAUAUUCGUAUCAUCAGGCAGCUGAUCUGCCGGCUAUCAUUGACAUUAUUCGUCUUCAUUUGAAGGAGCCCAAUGGAUGCCUCUCCAAAAUGAUGAGUGAAGACGAACGAAAAAAGUUCCGCCGCUUGUUGCGAAAAUCAAAGGAUAUCAGGAAUGCUAUGGCGCAUCAUAACAUCCGAAAUGAUGCGAGAUUGCACGAUCUUGAAAACGUUAAAGAGAGACUGAGUGACAUGCUCGAAUUCGCCAUUAGGGGGGCUGCCUCGGAUCGUGGAAUAUAUCAGGUUGCUUGGUCUCCUUAUUAUCAUAUUUGCAAAACAUAUAUGGAAAUGAAGGGACCAUUAAUAGUCAUGGUUCCGCUUAAUGAAGAAUCACUGCUAUCUUUUCGUGACCGGGUCUUGCGCGACCAUGAUUUCGAACAAAAAGAGGUGCUUCAUCGGCGCGUAAAGCGCAAGGCAACAGAAGAAGGUCGUCGAAAGCAGAAGAUUGAUUAUGAAAGUGCUCUUGUCAGGAAACAACAAAGGAAGGAGCGAGACAUCGCUAUGCGGUCCAAACAUCAGUCUGAGAAACUUGGCAGGAUACAUCAAAGGUUCAUCAAGUCGCAGGAAUUGGGAUAUACUCGAUUAAACAAAGUCAAAGUGUGGAUGAAAGAAGAACGAGAACUAUUCUAUCGGCAGCGAGCCGAAGUUCUUAAAGAUGGAAUAAUUCACCCAACUGCCGAGAAGGAAUUGUUAUUCAUUACAAUCCUUGCGGUUAGCUCGCCACUCUGGCUGACGGUUAUUUUCAUCUACGAUAUGUAUAACAGAACUCGAGGCCGCUAUCAUCGCGUAUAA